AUGGGGCUAUCGUAUGCUCGUGGCUUAUUUGCAAUCUGCGGUGGUGGCGGUUCGCUCAAAUCUGGAAUCAAAAAUACGGUUGACAUUUACCAGCUCUCGGAUACGGAUCCGACGGGGUUUACAAAGGAACUUACAGCUGAUACGGGCCUGGAACUAGCAUCUGGUGUCGCUUUUUCUCAUGAUGGACUGCUCAUUGCGGUAUCAGUCAGUGCAGGCUGCUGGAUUUAUGCUCUGGACGUGAAAGAAAAGACAAUGACACUAUUGGUCAAAUUUCGCACAGAUUUUCAUGAGGAAGACAGUUCACAGACUUGUGCUUGCUUUGUUGGUAAUUCCACGAUCUUGACGGGGGGAGAGGACGGAGUGAUACGCAUAUGGCGUUUAAAUCGAGGUUCUUGCAAGCCUGAGAAGGCUGUAGGCACGGCGAACGCUCUGUUCGUGCCAGAUGAGAUAGAUCCACAUGCUAAGGUAGUCGUGACGGAGCAGGCAAAGCUUGGAGACUGCGUUAUUAAUGGAACUAAUAUAGUCACAUUGACGAGGGAGUAUCGUAGUCAUACGAAGCGCAUUCGUGAUAUUGACGUGGAUCUCUCGCAUCGUAACCUUGUGGCGUCAAGUGCAGAGGACCAGUCGUGUCAUUUAUGGAGACUUACAGAGGUAACGCCAAUCUGCAAGUUCUCAAAAGAUGACGCACUGGAUAUUGCGUUUCAGCGACUACCGACGAAGCCUACGGUUGGACUACGCAAGCAUUUGUUUCGAUGUGUGCGUUUUGCUAACAGUGGACGUCGACUUUAUACUGUGCUGACCCCUGCGCGUGGCGACUCUAUUUUGAUCAAGUGGAAGCCGGAAACCAUUGCACAGGAGAAUGAGGAGCAGUGGUCGUGGGUGAUUGAAGAAAUAGCUGUUGCUGGUGACAAGCCUGUGGCCAGUCUUUGUGUGAGUCAGGAUGACCGCUUUGUGUGCGCGGCUGCAGUGACGGGAGAGAUCAAAGUGUUUCUGGCGUCGACGCUGUGGCAGUACAAGAAGAAGUCGACAGAGCAGCAUUCUUUCGCUAUUACUGGUAUGAGCUUUGCACCGUCAGCCGAUAAACAGAAACCUGUUGUUUAUUUGGUGAGUGGUGGUGCUGACAAGAACUUGCUGCGGCAUGAGAUUGCUCUGGAGGGCGGUCUGGUGAAAUCGGGUAUGGAGAUUACCGUUGGUGCUUUGAAGAGCGCGGUUGGCGUCACCGUUGGCUUUGGACUUGAUCUCUGGAUGGCGAUGCUGUUGCUAUUUAUUCUCCUGCUAUUUACUCAUGCAUGGACCGGGAUGCUUUUGAAUGGCCCGUUGGUUGGCUUCAAUAAUCUAGCAUCUCUAAGUUUCGAAUCCUCCGACGGUCCGGUGACGAUUGGGGCUCUUAUGACAAGCACCGUAGUCACAUGGCUCUUUGCAACGUAUAGCUCGGUGACUACCCGCUUCUUUUGGAACGGCCUGCUUUGCCUGCUCUUUGGCUUUGGAGUCUUUCUUGUGGCAAUUUCGGCGGAGCUCAAUCUUAAUUGGCGAACUGGCGAUGCCGCCAUUGAUAAGUUGCUAGAAUACAAGAUCGCGAUUUUGCUCGGAGCGUGUAGCAUCGCGUUUUUCUGUUGCCAUUCACUGCUGGUGCUGACGUUACAAGGUCACACAAGGCACAGGUCGGCCAGCUCACUGACUCCAGACUGGUCUUGA